AUGGGGAGAGCUCCUUGCUGCGAGAAAGUGGGGUUGAAGAAAGGACCAUGGACUCCACAGGAAGAUCUCAUCCUUGUCAGUUACAUCAACACACAUGGCCACAAAAAUUGGCGUGCCCUGCCCAAACAAGCUGGGCUGUUGAGGUGUGGAAAGAGUUGCAGACUCCGGUGGAUAAAUUAUUUGAGAUCGGAUAUUAAACGGGGUAACUUUACCAGGGAAGAAGAGGACACAAUAAUCAAGUUGCAUGAAAUGUUGGGUAACAGAUGGUCAGCUAUUGCAGCAAGAUUACCAGGGCGCACAGACAACGAGAUAAAGAAUGUGUGGCACACCCAUUUGAAAAAGAGGCUGCCACAACACAAAAAUACAAAACAAAUGCAAGGCCCCAUACAAGAACAAGAACCCGUGAAUUUUCCCACUCAUCAUGUGAUCAAAGCCGAAAUCAGAGAGAAAAGUCCACUCUCUUCUCCACAGUGUUCAAGUAGUGACUUGUCCACCCUCACCAUUAGUGACAACUACGAUCAUAACAGUAGUUUUAUUAUGAGUACUAUUAAUCAUGACAUGUCCAUGAAUAACAGUGUUGAACAUCUGGAUGAGGAUUUCUGGUCCGAAGUUCUGUCGGCUGAUAAUUCCAAUGAGUUAAACAGUUUUCCAGCCAUUGGUUCUGACCUGAAGUUCCAAUUUCCAUUCUCUCCAUUAUUCACCGAAGAAGGGGUCCCUUUUGCUAGCUCAUCAAGUAUGUACGAUAGCAUGGACUUUUGGUGUGAUUUUUACAUGAGAACCGAGGCAUUACCAUAA